AUGAAGGAUAGCACCACCAACCCGCCGGAGAAGGACCCAAAUUCGAUCAUGACUGUAGCUGACCAAGGUCAGGGAGGUCUUGAGGAAAAAACCCGAUCAAAUUCGACCACUCAAUCGUCGAUUGCUCUUACCAAGGACAACCCAGCCAUCACACCUUCCCAGCUCCGCAGCAAGCGAUCCCCUUCAAAAACCGCCGAGGAUGGCGCAAUGAAAGGCAGUUCGCUCGUCCCAUCUGACGUUGCCCAAGGCCAUGAUGGCUCCAUGGCCAAAGCUCAAUCAAACUCUACCACUCCUUCGUCGACCGAUUUCACCGAGGAUAAUCCUGACACCAUGCUUUCCAAGAGCCAACGCAAGCAAACCCCUCCUUCCAAAACCGCCGAGGAUGGCGCAGUGCAAGGACGACCGCUUGUCGCGUACACCAAGAAACUCAGGGUGUCCAAGUUUCACCGGCUCUACAAGAAGGCUUGGAGGCAGGAGGUUUUUGGGAACCAAGCAUUUAUCACCUGGUCCUCUCGCACCGCGGAACACUUUGGUCAUGCAAUAUCCAAAUGCCCCGGCUGGUGGGCUGAAGCCAGUACGGACCAAGCCGAUGCUCAUUCUUACGACGAGAUCGCUGCGUUAAUCCUGUCUGGCUUGAAGGUGUACGACCCAUCACUUGGUGGUUCUAUGCCCCAGCUUCGGUCCAGCAUGCAGAAUCUGUUUUCUCUUGGCGACCUCGACGACGCCGACGAUGACGAAGCUUCCUGGUCUCUUCACGAGUACUUUCUUCGCCUCGCGACACAGUGCCCCACGGUUGUGUUUGAUCUCGCUGCGGCCCAACGCGUUAUUAAAACUGACGAAAAGUCGCCUCGCUUUUGGGAAUUCGCGCUCGUGUUCGACCCAACAUUAAUUGUUCAACGCGCCGAGCCGUUGACUUGGAUGUGGCUAGCGGCAUCCGAAUUCUUUGCUCAUCCUUGGACAGGCCCGGUCAUUCUUCCUCCCGUUGUGGAGGAAUUCGAGCGACUAGAAAGGGAGUCUAAAAUAUCCAAGGCUCAGUCCAAGUCUAAGAAGCGCCCUGCAUCUACUCCAGAGAACCCAAAAGGUGCGAAGGCCAACGAUUCGCGUCCGUCUCCCGCUGUCCCGAUGCAAACCGACCCGGCACCAAAGGGUCGGUCCCAACCCUUCCAACGAACUCCACCUUCUGAUGCCACUCCUCCUAGACAACAAGUGAUCCUGUCUGACGCCGUCCACGUCAUUGCCAGCACCCCAACCGGAACACAGGAAGCCAGUGCUCCAACUGACGCCGUCGUGGAAGCCAGCAAACCCGCUUCAUCACAAAACACACCGUUGGCAUGUGCGGUGUUGGCAAGUUCCGUCAACGAUGGGGUCUCGACUCCGCCAACCGAUGCCCCUUGUGCGGACUGGAGGAGGACCACCUACAUGUUCCCCGCUGCCCUUCCGACCGGGCCAAGACCCAGUGGCAGCUCCUACUCCAAGAACUCCAAGAAUGGUUCCAGUCCACCACCACCGCUACACCCAUUGCCCAAUUCCUCGGGGCCCUUCUUUGCACCAUCCGCACCCCUAGCAACCCGCCUCAAACACAGACUCCGUGGUACCGCCUCCACGGAAUGUGUUCUUCCGCCCUCACCCAAGUCUGUGAGGCCCAACUCCGCCUUGGCCCCCAAUGCCUCCUCAAAGGCCUUCUCGCCCACAGCUGGGCCGACCUCCAGCAACAAUUCUACCGCUCUCGCGGUAGUCGCCGGUCCGGUAACCUUUGGGCUGCCAAUCUAUCUCGACAGCUCAUCCUUUUCGGUAAAGGCAUGUGGAAGCAUCGCAAUGAUGUCUUUCAUUCUGACGACAACAUCGUCAACCAAUAGCGUGCGACUGCUCUUGAUCGACGCAUACAUGACGAGUUCGACAUGGGUCCUCGCAACUUGCCUCGGAACCUUCGUCCUGCCAUCCGUCGAUCCCGCCUUGUAG